GCGAUUUCCUGUCGUUUCUGAUUGGCCGUUGGGAUCAGCGCGUUGACUCCACCCAUCAGACGGUGCGUAGUUCAUACACGGAAACGACAGAUUACCGUCGUCGGCUGCGCAUCCUGGAGCUCUAUGUUCGCCUCAAAAUUAGGUCUUCCAUGUGAAGCCUCCAGACAGACCGGGUUCUAUGUGAUGAAGACAGGUCACUGAUCCUACCAGCGCUGCAAUGGAAGCUCCAUUCACAGCUGCUUUUCCCUCCAAUUCCUCCACUCUGCCACCGCCAGUGCCCCUGCGUCCAGCAGUCGCCCCGUCGGUCCAGCUUGGCUUCACCAUCCUCUACACCAUUUUGUACGCGGCCCUCUUCCUGGUGGUGUACACGCAGCUGUGGCUGCUCUACCUCUACAGACACAAGAGAUGGAGCUACCAGAGCGUCUUCCUGUUCCUCUGCCUGCUCUGGGCCACCCUUCGCACCACGCUGUUCUCUUUUUACUUCCAUAACUCUGUGGAGGCCAACCACCUCCCUGUGGUGGUCUUCUGGCUGCUCUACUGUUUCCCUGUGUGUCUGCAGUUCUUCACUCUCAGCCUGAUUAACCUGUAUUUCACUCAGGUUUUACUCAAAGUGAAAGAGACCUACAACUCAGCAAUGGACAGAAAACUAUGGGCAGCACGGUGUGUUUACGGUGCGUUGAGCAUCAUCUUCCUCAGCGUUAACGUGGUAUGUGCAUCUCUGGGAGACCGGGGCAGCGACGGUGAGGCGGGGGAGAGGACCUGGAAUCUAGUCCUGGUUCGGGUUAUAGUCAAUGACUUGCUCUUCAUCUUGGACGCGGUGCUGCUAGCCACCGUGCUGCUGCUCCUGACCCGGCACUCGCACUCCGCCAGCCCCUACCUGAUCAACAAGGGGACCACAGUGUGCCGCACAGCAGCGCUGGGAGCUGCAGUCAUCCUCCUGUUUGCCAGCCGUGCCUGCUACAACCUAACGGCCCUUUUUCUGUCCCAGCACCAUCGGGUGGAGUCCUUCAACUACGACUGGUACAAUGUCUCCGACCAGGCUGACCUGCAGAGCGAACUUGGUGACAGGGGUUACCUGGCCUUCGGCGCCAUCCUUUUUAUAUGGGAGCUGCUCCCCACCAGCCUCCUCAUCCUCAUCUUCAGAGUUCGCCGGCCUGCUCAGGAGACUAGCAGCAUGGCCAUCAACAACAGGGUUCUACCUCGUCCGUAUUUCUUUGAUGAUCCACAAGGCAGCGAUGAUGAGAUUCCUGCUCCAUGGGCUCGCGGUGCACCUGCAAACCCAAGCUGGUAUGGAUCAGAGACUGCUCCCCUCCUGUUCGCCAACAAUCCUCCAGACCAGAGCAACCAGCACCACUCUUUCUAUUCCACCCCUCAAAACUAACCCCUUGUGUCCACGAUGACCCUCAUAUCAGGGAAGGGACCACACACACAGCCACCAGCCAUCAGUACCUCCCACUGUGGGCAGAUUUGCACUAAAAACCUCAGGGAAACUGUGAACAUGCACCUUGUAGUUUUGAGCAGAGUAACUAUAUUUACUAUGUGUCUGAGUUUAAAGGGGUCAAACUUAGCAGGAAAAACUCUGCCAGACUCAAAAUGGGGAACAUUGAACUUCUUAUGGAGUUUAGUGACAGGUUACUAGCAUUUUUUUUUGUUGUUUUUCUUUUGAGAAUAUGCAAGGUAAGCCAACAUUAACAGUUUCUAGAUAGGGAUCUUUUUUGCUUCAUUUACAUUCCUUUAAUAUAAAGUAUGUAAUAAACUUGGCUGAAAGGCCCUGAUGAUAUAAUGUGCAUUUUGCACAUAAGUUUCAUAUCAAUUUAAAAAGACUAAAAUACAAAUGAUAUGCAAUUUAUUUUUCCAUGUGGGUUUUUUAUGACAGGCUUUCCACUUUCUAACCCCAGUCCUAACCAGUGCUGCAGGUUUUUUUUCCUUCAGGGCCAGUAUCUGCUUUCCUUUGUCCAAAAUGCUCCUUGUUUUAACAAGUGGAUUUAGAAACUUAUUCCCUUCCUGUUUAAUUCUGUAUUUAUCAUUUAAUGUAAGUUAAUUUAUUUAUGACUGUGUCUUUGUCUUUUAACUGUAGCCAAGUUAGUUACUCUCUUUUGUCACUUCUGUAAAAAAAAACCAAAAACUUUGACAGUACCUCACCAGUGUGUUAACUAAAUCACAUGACUGACUGUUGCUAUGUAAACAAAGCAAUAAAACGUUGACAUAAA